GCUCAUCCAAUUUAUUAACUGCACAUCGUCUUCGAUAUCUCCCAAAAAUCUUGCACAAGUCUCAACUCCACUGGCAGUACCAAAUCGUCGACCAUGAGCCACAUCGAUCAAUUCACACUAGGGCUGUUAAACUUUCCCGUCGAAAUCCUGUUGGACAUCUUCAGCUAUCUAGAUGCGUACGAACUAGUUCGAGCACGCAAAGUAUGCAAUGAUAUCCGACAAGUGAUCGACUCUUCCUCGGAGUUGCUGUAUUUGAUUGACCUCAAAUACUUCAAUACACUUCCGGACCCUUUGCUCGACUCAGACAGUACGAUCGGAACACGUCGCAAAUUACUUCAACAAAGUGAAACCGCAUGGCAGAAAGCCGAAUACUCUAAAAUGAAUCACAUCCCCGUGCCCUACCCUCCCGAGCUGAUCGGAUGGUCGGGCGGCAUCCUUGGACUCCCAUCUGAAUCUCACGAGCAAAUAACAUUCGUCCAGCCCGCACUGUCAGAUAAGCAUACCCACGCUGCGAAGUGGGAACAACGGAGCUGCAAAAUCGACAGCACAGUGCUCAUGGGUUACCGUUGUUCACCUGCGCAGGAUCUCGUGGUUAUCCUUUCCAGAGCGACCUCAGGGGAGAGUCAUCCAUACGACGUCGCUUUCAGAUCGCUUUCAGAGGAUAAGGCCCAUCCUGAAGCUGCUGUCGCUGUUGCCAAAGCACUCGACAAUCAGGUUGACAUGGCGCUCUCCGACCCCUUCAAUCCGAAACAAGUACUUUUCGGAGAUUACUACGGCUUACUCUCCAAACGUGCUCACAAAGCGGGCGGUGGGGUGGUCGACUUUUUGCAAAUAUGGAAUUGGAAGUCCAAGGACGCCUUUCAGUGCCUCGAAGUUUUUGAUGUGGCUUGCAACGUGCAUAAUUUCGGUUUCCUAACGAACGACAAACUUCUGGUCAUCACCCCGAGGGAAAUAAUGAUGUACUCCCUUGUCGAAUCCGCCAAUGCCAUCCAGCUUACUGCCAAAUUCUCGCUCCCUGCCUUACGGGAUUCCUCUGAACUGGAAUAUGUCGCCUUCAACAAUGACAUUCCAUUUUAUGCAACCACGCACAAUCAGCUUGUCACUAUCAGCAUGAAGAUUAUGAGCACGGAUUCGGCAUUCACUACCAAGCCCUCCCAGGUCACAUUCUAUGUCAAACGUGAUACUCUCUUGGAGCUCGAGUCUACCUAUAUGAGCCUCUAUGGAAAUUCCAAAGUCAGUCAAGACUCCCCUAGUCUGCCAUGGUCUACCUGGGGUCCCAAGUACACCCAAACCUUCGAGGAGAGCUCGUACGAUAGUUGCAAACACAACAUCUUUGGCUUCCGGACUGUCGGGUUGGCUGGCGACUUUGUGUCCCCUAAAGGGAAGGCGCAACGGCGACCACUAUGCAUCCGCGACUUCAACCCUCAUCGAGUGGCGGACUUCAAGGCUGGAAAGGGGCCUAAAUGGAAUCAACGACUUAUCGAAGGCGAGACAGCGAGUUCGAGUCUUUUCUUGGAGCCAUUGGGAUCCGCUCUCCCGUAUCUCGAGAGCACCACCGAAGAAAAGUUCCUUUCGCACGAGAUGACCUUGGAAGCCAACAGGGUGACAUUGCUAUCCUUUGAAUUCCUGAGGACGCCGGAGAUUUCUGGAACUGUACAGAAAAUCGAAGUGCUUGAUUUUGAGUAGUCGUUUACAUUAAGUUUGCAAUCCAUUUUUUCGCAUGCCAGAAUGCGUUGGA